AUGUUCAGUGCAUUUGGAAACUCGCUCAGCUACGUCACUCCACGGGGUGACAAAGUAGCGGCUGAGAGUCAGCCGUUCGAAGGCACGCUAAAGACGUCUGAGAACGAGAUCGUGGUCCUUUCCGAUAAAGAGUGUGACGCAGACUGCCCGUACUGGAGACCAGACGCGACAUCUCACUACGGCUGGUCAGGCUCCUCAAAAGCCUUCUUCAUCGAAUUCCAAAUGGACCACUACGACAACAUAGGCACGGACCAAGGCCUCCUCUCUGACGCCCCAGCCUACUGGUUCCUCAAUGCAGCCAUACCUCGCAUCCUCCAGUACGGCAACGACCGCAACAACAUUCCCUGCUCAUGCUGGUCAACGGGCUGUGGCGAGUUCGACGCAUUCGAGCUUCUCAGCAAAGGCGCCGAACGCGCAAAAUCGACGAUACAUCGGCAGGGCAAUCUGGAGGGUGGUGACUCCAACUACUUCAGCAGACCGGUAGGGAAGAAGAUGAAGUUUGCGGUUGUUUGGCACUAUCCACACAUUACGGCAUUGGUGUUGGACGACGACUUUGACUUUUCAGAGAGCAUGUCAAAUGAUGCGAUUCAGAAGUUGGUGGCAUACGAUCCGGAUAGCUAG